UCGAAAAUAAGGAUGCAACUUCUAAAAUUACUAUUAUGUUGUAUUUUUCUAUGUCUAUUCGCUAAUCGCUCUGCAGUAGCUAACGAUGAAAAAUGUGGAAUGACUCCGAGAGCAGAUAUAGACUGGAAAAAAGUUCCUACUGUAUGGUUCCUGUCAUAUUACUCCCCGAAUAUUAUCUUUUCUGAAGUCGUUUCGUGCCAAGCUUCUCAACUUGUUAAAAUUGUUGGCGAAGGACCCGACAGUUACGCUGUCUUUCAUGGAAAGAAUUAUUACUAUAACGGAAAUCCUCCAGAAGACUACGAACUUUCACUAAAACAUGCCGGUCAGGGGCCAGGCAUUUACUAUUGGACAUCGGUAAACGAUAGUAUCGUGGAAGCCGGAUCAAAGUUAUCUUCUAAUGAAUCGAACGAAAAGGCCCGAACUGAGCUCAAAGAAAUGAAGAUGCAAAUAGCAAUAGACAUCAUGGCAUCGGACUACUCUACUUAUUUAAUUAACGUAUCCUGUAAUAAACAUACAGGAGAAAAACAAAUAAGUCUUGUAUUUACAACGAAUCCCGAUCCUACGGCACUGGGAAUUUUGAAAAUUCAUCGAGCAUUGGUUGACCUUAAUGUAACUGGAAAUCUCCUGGCAACUCGCUGUUCUUCAUCACCAGCAAUAGAAGACUUUUCCAAACUAUAGUUAAAUGUACCAUAAUUUCCCAAAUUAGGAAUACCAAAAGUUUUACAGGAAUCUGAUCAAUUGUUACUGAAUCCAUAAAGGCAUCAACAACAAGAAUUUUGAGGAUAAUUUUGGUUAAUUUAAAAUCUCCAAUUUUAACAAAUAAAUAGAGUCCAAAUGGUUUAACAUGAUUAUAUAUGAAUGGGAAGAAUAGAUGAUGAGAGUUCAAAAUGCAAUAGUGGGUCGCAGGUAAUUGUACUGUAUGCAGAAGGAAACUCACAAUUCGACGCUCCAGAAGAGUGUGUACCAAUAUGGAGGUAACUAAUUUUAUUCGCCUACUUUACAUCAAGUUGUGUAAAGGAACGGAAGCCUAUGGGCAGGGGGUAUAUUCACUUGACUAA